AUGUUCUCCUCCUUGUUCACAGAGGCGAGCCAAGACCACCGUGGGACGCCUGAAGCUCCAGGAAGAGUUGUUACUUUAAUCGAGCGCGAAUACUGGCAAAGCCUGACCGACCAUCACCAGUCUGCUCCUGAAAGGGUUUGGGGCGUUGCUUACCGAAUAGAGCGUGAGAAGGUUGCUGAGGUAAAGGAUUAUCUUGACAUCCGUGAGAUCAACGGAUACUCCAUACAAUAUGCUUCGUUUUAUCCUGCCAAGGGUGAAGCCGCUAUCCGGACGCUUGUAUACAUCGGAACUCCCGACAACGACCAGUUUACCGGUGUCCAGGAGCCACAGGCUCUUUCGGAGCACAUCACCCGAAGCCACGGCCCGUCAGGGCCGAACAUCGAGUACCUUCUCAGUCUAGAAGCUGCAUUAAAUGCCCUGGGCCCCGAGGCUGGUGAUGAGCAUGUCUCCGACCUCUCAAGUCGAGCGAGGGCUAUUUUGGGACUUGCCGAAGAACCCGCGAGCAACAUUGCCAUUGCCAUCAAGGCAGAGACGGCCAUCUCCAGUGAACAUGAACCCUUCAAGCAAGAACACAGCAUUGACGAGCAGGAGGAAACCGAGAAGGAUUCCUAA